CCAGGCCCCACUGACAAACUGUGACUGAUUCCAUUCUGUGACAGAAAUCAAGAAUCGUCUGGUUAGGAGUGUGUGUGCAUAAUUUUUUGUCUUCUUGUCAUCUCUUUGAACACAGAGAAAACAAAAUACUUCAGAACCGCACACACACUGCUGAAUGGUACACAGACUAUAAAGUUAUUCUCAUAACAGUUUGCACUGCAGAGACAGAGGCAUUAUGCUUGGGGUAGUUAAGUUUACCCUCUGGGUGAUAACAGGUCUGCUGGCUGUGCUGACCGUCUUAUUUAAUGUCUACAUCUUUGUGAUGUGCCUCUGGAACUACAAGCAGAAAAAGCAGUUGGGUCCCAGUGAUACCAUCAUCAUGGCUCUGUCGGUGGCGGAUGUGGCUCAUCAGCUGGCCUGUUACUUCUGGAUGACCAUGGUUGAAGUGGACAGAGAGUGCCGCAUCGCCCAGAUUAUCUACGCCGUCAUGCUACAGUUUAUCUUCAGUGUCAAGUUCACCAUUAUGUGGGACACCAGCUUUCUCACCUUCUACUACAGCACCAAGCUGGUCAGCAGGCCCAAUCAGUGCUACACACACAUCCAGAAUGCCAUCCUCAAGCAUGUCACCUUAGCCAUGUUUCUCAUCCCUCUGUGUGGCCUGUGCACCUGCAUGCCCAUGCUGGUGGUAUUUCAUACUGAACAAAAUGUCACAGAGACGAACGAAGACUGCGGGGUUUUAGUUCCCAACACCAAGGCCGGCCUGGUUUAUGAUGUCCUUUAUUUGUUCCUCGCUGAUGUACUGCCAGGGCUGCUCAUGAUAAAAUGCUGCAUCUCCAUCUCUGUCCACCUGGCCAUCCAUCUCCGCCACAUGAAAGCCAGCACCAACGGGGCGCACCUCCCAAAGCUGGGCUCCCAGAUGAGGGUGAUCGAGAUGGCUCUGUCUAUAGUGGCCAUCUUCAUUGUCUUCCUCGUGGUUGACCUGUAUGCGAACUAUCAAAUAGUGGUGAACCACGAGAACGACAUCACGCUCACGUUCCUCUUCACGUCCGUCUACACGGCUGUCAACGCCAUCGUGCUCAUCUAUGGUAAAAAGACGUUUUGGAAAGCUCUGCUACGUGAAUAUAACGUCCUCUUGGAUGUAUAUCCAUGUCUGUCUUGUCUGAAGGUGCCUGAACAAAAGGCUAAAGCCAGCACUCCUGUAAAAGUCCACAACUGAAAAGCCAAUUUGCUUUGUGCUGGAGGUCUUUGUGCUGAAAUCAAUUGGUCAUUGUCUGUGCUUAUUAAGAACUUUGAAGUAACUUAUUCUUUUAUCUUCUGUGCGAGCAAUUUCAGUAAUGGCCACUGUCUUGCUGAAUAACAUAAUUGCAAUUUCUUACAUCAAUAUGGGAUUUUAGCUGUGUUACACAGUUGGAGCAAGGGAAGCACAAGCGUUGAAGUGAUGCACACAGCUGCUAGGUGACCAUCCAAAUCACAAGCUCAUCAGACUGCACCUAUGAACAUUAAUAUUUCAGCAGAACAAAUAAUAGUCAGGCCUGUAAAAUAGAUCCCCAAGCAUGGCUGCCUGGACAUGAUGUAACUCUGUGCCCAUCUCAAAAUGUUAAAAAAUACAUGUGACUGUGGUGAGAGUACAGAGCAUAUUAAUAAAACAAGAAAGUACGCACAACUUGAUUUUUUUUUUCCUCUCAGCAUCACAGAGGAUUUGAGGGUUUUUCCUCUGUCGGGUUGCAGAUAGUUAAAGCUGCACAUGUGGGACUACAGUAGGCUGCAUGUACAGUGCCUUGCAAAAGGAUUCAGCCCCUGUUGGCUUUUUUACCUAUUUUGUCACAUUACAACCUCUAAUUGCUGGACUUUAUGGAAGAGUGAUCAGAAGAAAGCAAUUACUUUUAGCUAAAAAUAAGAAGGCAUGUUUUGAGUUUGCCUUUUUGCAAACUCAAAACCUGUACCAGUCUGUAAUAGGUUUGAGACUAGGACAGAGGUGCAUCUUCCAGCAGGACAAUGACCCAAUAUACUGUUUAUGCAACACUUGAGUGGUUUAGGGGGAACAUAUAAAUGUGCUGGAAUGGCCUAGUCAAAGUGUACACCUCAGUCCAACUGAGAAUCUGUGAUCAGACUUAAAGAAUGCUGUUCACAAGUACAAACCAUCAAACUUGAAGGAGCUGGAGCAGUUUUCCCCGGAGGAAUGGGCAAAAAUCCCAUUGGCAAGAUGUGGCAAGCUCAUAGAGACUUAUCAAAAAUGACUUGCAGCUGUGAUUGCUGCCUAAAGGUGGCUCUACAAAGUACUGACUUUAGGAGGGUGAAUAGUUAUGCACCUUGAUGUUUUCUGCUAUUUUGUCAUAUUUUUUUGUUUGCUUCACAAUAAAACAAAUAAUCACAUCUUCACAUUUGUAGGCAUGUUCUGUAAAUUAAAUGACGCAAAC